UCGUCGCGUGUAUUUCUGCAUCUUUCAGUGUUAACUCUUUGUAUUUCAAUGCAACAAAUCCAAUGGAGUUUGCGAUACCAAUUCAGAAUCAUUAUGGAAUUAAGUUAUUUAAAUCAUUUCCUUAAACUAUUUAGAUUCAAUGUACCACUCAUUUCGUUUUCCUCUGUAAAUGCGACCUUGGACAUAUAAUACACGGUGCACAUAAUUUUAGUUCAAUGACAUAAUUUGUUUGGAUCGGAUUGGCUUACACAUUUUAGGACAGACGAGUACUUGUACUGGCGUGCUAGUUCGAAUGGCAUUGUUUUUCAGAUGUUACUGGAGCAUAAAACUGAAUAUAACUAUACUACUAAUGAUAAUUUCAAACCAUUUUGAUGAGCAAUCAUGCGCAAGUGUAAAAUGUGUACCUGUCAGUGGGUAUUAGCUUUUUGUGAUAGGUACAUUAUGCUUAUACCUCGAUGCAGUUCCAUUUCUAGUUACGUUAUAAUGGCAGUCAGUAAAAGUUCAAAUAGAAUGACAUUUGUAUCAGUAAGUGUACCAGUAUUAAUAGCAACAUUGUUCGUACUGAAGACUGUUCUGAAAAGGAACUAUGUUCUGCCUUUGACGAUACAAGGAAAGCAAGAUCAACAUUUUGAUAUUUGUAUUGUCGGAGCAGGCUUGUCAGGUGCAGUAGUAGUGGAAAGAUAUGCUGCAACAACGAAUAAAUCCAUACUUGUCGUGGAAAAACGCAGUCAUGUUGGUGGAAAUUGUUAUGACUAUAUUGAUAAAGAAACUAAAAUUCGUGUGUCUAAAUAUGGUGCGCAUAUUUUUCAUACAAAAUACAAACAUGUUUGGGAAUAUGUGCAACAUUUUAGCGAAUGGGUUCCGUAUGAACAUGAAGUUCUAGCUCUGGUAAAAGGGAAAUAUGUUCCAAUCCCAGUAAAUAUUGAUACUGUAAAUACAUUAUUUAACCUUGAUAUUAGAUCAGUUAAAGAAAUGAAUUCAUGGUUAAAAAAUGAACAGGUACAUUAUAAUCGUUCAUCAUUGAAUUCAGAGGAAAUGGCAUUGUCUCGUGUAGGAUUAAAACUUUACGAGCUUUUGUUUAAACCAUACACUAUCAAGCAGUGGAAUAAAACACCAGCUGAAUUAGGACCUUCGGUUUUGGCUCGUAUUCCAGUUAGAAACAACUGGGACACUCGCUACUUUUCGGAUCAGUUCCAGGCAUUGCCGAAAAAUGGCUAUACAGAACUCGUCAAAAACAUGUUAAAAUCACCUAAGAUAACUAUACGAUUAAAUAUAGACUAUUUUGAUAUCCAAGGAAGCAUCAAAUGUGGAAAAACAUAUUUUACUGGACCAAUUGAUAGAUAUUACGCAAGAAAGGGUUUGGACGCACUGGAAUACCGAUCACUAUCAUUUGAACGUAAAGUUAUAAAAAAUGUUGACUAUUUCCAGCCAGCUAGUGUUGUGAACCAUCCUAACCCAAAAGAUAAUUUUACUCGAAUUGUUGAAUACAAAUGGUUUCCUAAUCAACAGUAUCAAUCAAACGACACUAUUAUAUUCAUUUAACGGUCGACAUACAUCGGCGAACCAUAUUAUCCAGUUCCAAACAAAAGAAACCAAGAUUUGUACAAACGCUACAAAGCAUUUGCAAAUUCUUAUCCCUAUAUUCAUUUUCUUGGUCGCUUAGCAAACUAUAAAUAUUUUAUAUGGAUGAAGCAAUUAAAAAUGCACUAGAAAUAUUUAAUAAUACAGUAAACAGUAAUCUUUGAUAUUUCCAUUUUAACAGUGAAGUACGGGUAUUUAUAUAUAAUUGUUUACGUUUAUUAUAUAUUUUGUAUAGAAAGAAAAAAAACACGUUUGUUUUAUAAAAAAAAAAAAACACUUUUGUUACUGGCCUUUUCUGCGAGGUCGCAUGUGCGAUCGCUUAUCCUUUCCAAAAAUGAACAGUUAC